CCUUAAAGAUGUCGAGGGCAGCGUAAGUCAGUUCUCAGGAUCGAAGUCUCCGGAUAUCGAUCAAUGGAUAGGAGAGUUGGAAGAUUGUGCAGCUACAGUAGAGUGGAACCAGCUGCAGGUAUUCGUGUAUGCAAAACAGUUGCUAGGUGGAGCAGCCAAGAUGUUUGUGCGUAGCCAGAGAAACAUAAAAGAUUGGGAAAGUUUGAAAUCGGCUUUGUUAGAGGAGUUUGGAGUUAAGCUAUCAUCAGCAGAAAUUCAUCGCAGGUUAGGAAAACGUCAGCAGCAUAAAGGUGAAUCGAUGCAAGAAUUCCUGUAUGCUCUCAUGGAGAUAGCCAAGCCCAUUCAGUUGGAAGAAGAGAGUUUGAUAGAGUAUUUCAUAGAAGGUAUUCCAGAUACUAGGGCAAACAAAAUUAUUUUAUACCAGGCUAGAAACAUCAAAGAUCUAAAGCUACAAAUUGAGGCAUAUCAAAAAUCUCGUGGUUCUUCUAAGCCGCCAAGCAAGUAUGGUGGGCCGAUCAGCAAGGUUGGAAAUGAGAUAGGAAAAGAAGUGACAGCUGGAUCUAGUAGGAAGUGUUUCAGGUGUGGAGACUCUUCACAUAUAAAGAGAGAUUGUCCGGUGAGGGAGAAAUGUUUUAAAUGUGAUCAGCCAGGACACCGAGCAUCACAGUGUAAUGCGCAAGGAAAAGUUAAGACAGAGAGAGAAACAAAUGCAGUGCAGGACAGAAAAGUCGUUUCAAAACCAUCACCACCCUUUUAUUCGAGUCUGGAACAGAAAUCAGUGAUUUGCAUGAAUACAGUAUUUAAAGGACUUGUCGAUACAGGGGCUGACUUGUGUUUGAUGCGUAGGAGUGUGUUUUGGAAACUAGGCGUAGGCGUGGACAGUCUGAUAGGUCGCCAGAAAGUUUUAACAGGGAUCGGUGAAAGUCAGGUGUUGACGUUUGGUAGUUUCGAAGCAAAGGUCACUAUAGAUGGUAUUGACAUGUCGAUCGAAUUUCAUGUUAUUCCUGAUGGGGAUAUGAAGUACGAUGCAAUUUUGGGCACAACGAUCCUAAACAACGUCGAUAUGAGGGUAACCAAGAACGGCACUACAUUUUCGCCAAGGGUUCGUCGUGUAGAAAAAAAAAGGAGCUGAAUUAGGAACAGAAGAUGGUCAGUUAGGGCAGAGUUCUUGUGUGCAGCUGAUGAGCGAGUUUGAGAGCCUGUGCAUGUUAAGCAUGGAAGACUAUCAGGAGAAACCUUUCUUAGAUUUAGUUCAUUUGAGUCAGAAGGUCGCAUCUGAAGUUAAGCUUAUGAUCGAUAACUAUAAGCGAAAGAGAAAUCUCAGUUCGCCAGUAGAGAUGAAGCUCUUGUUGACAGAUGAGUUACCAGUAUAUCAACAUCCGAGACGGUUGGCUUAUUGCGAGCAGAAAAUUGUAGAUGACCAAGUUCAAGAAUGGCUAGAGGAAGGCAUUAUAAAGCCUAGUACAUCUGAGUUUGCUUCGCCAGUGGUUCUUAUAGACAAGAAGAACGGGAAAAAGCGUUUGUGUUGCGAUUAUCGCAAAUUAAAUGCAAAGAUUGUCCGAGAUAACUUCCCAACAGCUCAUAUGGAUUGCGUGAUGGAGAAACUGCAAGGAGGAGAGGUUUUCACGACCCUAGAUUUGACAAAUGGUUUCUUUCACGUUCCUGUUUCGCCAGAAUCCCAAAAGUAUACAUCUUUCGUAACUCAGAAUGGACAGUAUGAGUUUCUGUAUGUACCUUUCGGUAUCACGAACUCUCCAGCAGUAUUUACGAGGUUUAUCAUGGCGGUCAUGCGUGAUUUAAUCAAGAAUGAGGAUGCGGUUGUAUACAUGGAUGACGUGAUCAUUACUAGUCAGAGUAUCGAAGAGGGCGUACUGAAAUUGAAAAAGGUUUUAGAAGUAGCAGAGAGGAAUGGCUUACGUAUUAAUUGGAGUAAGUGUCAGGUUUUGAAGAGGAAGGUAAAUUUCUUGGGUUAUGUCGUAGAAAAGGGUACUAUCAAACCAGGGGAGGAGAAAACUCAAGCAGUUGCUGAUUUUCCGAUUCCGCGCGAUAAGAAGGGAAUACAAAGAUUUCUAGGACUGACGUCAUACUUUCGUAGGUUUGUGGAAGGAUAUGCUGUAAUUGCCAAACCGCUGUCUGACUUGUUGCGUAAAGAGGCGAAGUUCGAAUUUCAGGAAAAACAGUUAACGGCAUUUGAGAAAUUAAAGGGAGCGUUGAUUAGUGGACCAGUUUUGAAGAUUUAUGAUCAAUCGCUGGAAACGGAGAUUCAUACGGACGCUUCGAAAUUCGGAUUCGGUGCUGUUAUGAUGCAGCGAGAUUCAGGUGAUAAUUUGUGGCAUCCAGUUUUCUACAUGAGUCGUAAAACAAAGCCUUGUGAGGAGAAGUAUCAUUCUUAUGAACUAGAAGUGCUUGCGGUUAUUGGAGCUUUGGUAAAGUGGCGAGUGUACGUCCUAGGGAAAAAAUUCAAGAUAGUUACAGACUGUAACGCUUUUGCCAUGACCAUGAAGAAGAAAGAUAUUCCGCUCAGAGUGUCUAGAUGGGCAAUGUAUCUCCAAGACUUCGACUAUGAAAUAGAGCAUAGGUCCGGUUCUAAAAUGAGACAUGUCGAAGCGUUGAGCAGGGUAUCGUGUCAUGUUCUAACUGAUAGUUUGCUACAUCGUUUGAGGGAGGCACAGCAGUUAGACGAAUGGAC